CCAAUCACAGACCACUUGUUCCACAGAAGGGGAAUUCAAUCUCACUCUAGAGCACAGACGUCUAAAGAAAAUGAAGAUCUUGCAACUUCUUUUUGUCGCCCUCGGUGUGACUGGUGUUGUUUCAGCUCAGUGGGGUGAUGAUCAUAAACCACCCAGACCCUACCCAGAAGAACGACAACAGGGCAGCUACGGCUACCAACAGCCAAGUUACCAACAGCCAACCUACCCACCUCCAACGUACCAUCCACCUACUUACCAGUGCAGACAUGAAUACUUCCAGUGCCCACCCCUGAACAAGGUGUACCGCGUGGACCACUACGGCAAACACACUAAGGUCUACGCUCCCAACCGUUUCUACUACGAGCACAGCGACCCACGCUGCUACAUCCAGUGUGAUGAAGCUGGUAACGCCUUCUCAAGACCUUGUCCUUACGGCCAGGUGUACAAUAGAUACCUGACUGACUACAACAACGUUAAUGUGUGCGUGCCAGACGGCAGUGGUGCUCACUAAGUUGACGGUGUGACAUCUCCUCGUUUACCACUUCGAAUACAGACACCGAAUACGCCCAAAUACACCUCUUUACUGUGAACAAAGUCAAGCACUUAUUGGUUGAAUUUUAAUCAAUUAAAUCCCCCACUUCAGCCUAUCACCGAAAAGGACGCUUUAUGCUCUUACUUGCUUUGCGCCUCGGAUAUUACCUAGGACAGUUUCAACAUCGAUGAUUGAAGACAAACAGCGUUAAUUGUUACAAGGAUAUGUUUCAAGAAUGAAUAAUGCUACGGGCUAGUUUGAAAUAAUUUUGAACAGCUUCAUUGCAUUGUAAUUUUACUUGAGAGCAAUAAAAUAUAAGCAACACA